AAAAUUAUUGCAGUUCCCUUUGUCGUGACGCUAUCAACUGCCUCAGCCGUCAAUCGUACCUUCAAACGGAACACCUCUAACUGAAAGAAGAUCUUUUCAUCCCACCGUCAAAAUGGCCUCCCAACUUCCAAACACCAUGAAAGCUCUUCAAUACUCCAAGCCGGAGGAAUAUGCCAUUGUCAACAUCCCAUUGCCUCAGCUCCGUGAGAACGACGUAUUGAUCAAGGUCAAGGCCUGCGGUGUCUGCGGAACUGAUUUGCAUAUCCACGAGGGCGAAUUCCUUGCCAAAUUCCCUCUUGUUCCCGGUCAUGAAACUGUUGGCGUUGUUGCCGCCAUGGGACCAAAGGUCAAGGGCUUCACCGUUGGCGACCGAGUCGUUGCCGAUAACUCAGAGCUCUGUGGAGAAUGUUUCUACUGCCGACGUGGCGAAGAAUUGCUCUGCGAGCACUUUGAGGCUCACGGUGUCACCAUGAAUGGUGGCUUCGCCGAAUACUGUGCCUAUCCAGCUGGCCGAGUUUUCAAGAUCCAGAACCUCUCAGAUGUCGACGCUACCCUGUUGGAGCCUGCUUCCUGCGCUGCCCACGGCCUCGAUAAGAUUUCCCCCAAGAUGGGUUCCACCGUGCUCAUGUUCGGCGCUGGUCCAACCGGUCUUGUGCUUGCUCAAAUGCUCCGUCUCAACGGUGGCUGCAAGGUCGUCAUCGCUGCCCCUGAGGGUCUUAAGAUGAACCUCGCCAAGUCCCUCGACGCGGCCGAUGAAUACAUCCCGCUCUCUCGACAAGACCCCAGCGCUCAAUUCGAGGCCCUCAAGGCUGCCAACCCAUACGGCUUCGACAUCGUUGUCGAGGCCACUGGCAGCGUUAAGAUUCUAGAGGAUGCCAUCAACUACGUCCGACGCGGCGGCAAGCUGGUCGUCUACGGUGUCUACGCCAACAAGGAUAGAGUCACGUGGCCCCCAUCCAAGAUCUUCGGCGACGAAAUCACCAUCCUCGGUAGCUUCAGCGAGACAUAUAAGUUUCCCGCCGCCAUCGACUACCUCGACUCCGGCAAGGUCAGAGUUGGAGGAAUCGUUAAUAAGGUCUUCAAGAUUGAGCAAUGGGCUGAGUGCUUGGAGUCGAUGAGAAACAAGUCCGCCAUCAAGGCUGCUAUCACCUUCGACUAAGCUUCGUUCGAAGUACUUUCUGUGAAUUGCUUGUGUUUGGUUUGAUUCCUGUGCAUGCCUGGGUAGAGGUUCUCGGUUGUUAGCGAUUUGUGUGUUGUUUGGUGCGGCCUGGAUUAAAAGGUAUAUAGAUGGUUAAUUGAUGCAUAUCUCUCCAUCGGAA